AUAAAUUGUUUUGAAAUUCUUUAUCCAAGUGCAGUGCAUCUUAUGCAUAAUGUUGCCAAUAUGUUCAUGUUGUCAAACACAGGAAACAAGUCUUACACUUCAUUGUAAAGUAAUAUGCAGGCUUGUUAAUCAAACCAUUACUAUCAGUUACCUAUAUAAAUCUUACAAUUCUUUUCAAAACUUGGUUCAGUGUAGGGUCAAAAGUCAAAGAUGUUCAUGUUUCAUUACAAUCAUGUAACUCGUACACAUACAGGACAGCCCUUGUGAGUUGCCCCUCUCUCAGUGCCAGAUCACUCCCCACGCGUUCCCAGCUAAUCCCAUGAGCGUACCUGGCACAUCGCUACGGCGAUACCGCCUCUCAGUGCUACUGCGCUCCGGCACUGGACUGGGAUUCUGUUAAUCCGGUCCAGCAGCCAUAGAGCUACAGAAAUAGGGCAGGAGCGGUGAACGACAGCGAGCACUAGUUCCCUGCUUGACCCCGCUAGAACAUAAGUCAGGUCUAAUAAAGUCAAUUCCUGUGAAGCAACUACCUUACUGACUAUUAAUACGCAGCAAAUUAGGAGUUUAUUGAGGCAAAAGUUGUAGUUAAUAGGUAGUUAAUAGAGAGAAUUGGUCUCUAAACUAAACUAAUAUUAUAGCUGAAUAAUAGUAAUUAAUUUAAAAAUAACAAACAUUGUUAUUAUUGCGUACUAUAGCAUAAGCAGCACUGCUCACCCUAUAAUAAUAACUUCUACUAUUAAUGUGUAUUAUUAUACACAUGUAUUAAUAUUUAUAACAGUAAUUAUGCAUAUUAUUAGCAAUUAUUUGCAUUCAUACUCACCUUAUAUUAAUACUAAUAAUUACUACUAUUAAGGUGGUAAUAAUAAUAAUAAUUAUUAUUAUUAUUAUUAGAACCAUCUCCAUCAUGACACUAAUAUGUAAAAUUUUUAUCAUAUAAAGCAAUCCAGUACAUACUUAAUUGUGAGAAUGUAAUUCUGAACCUGCAGUGGUAUGUCGAGGCAGUGAAUGUCACACACCCUGAUAGGCUAUUUCCACUUAGAACGGUCCAAUUGUAAGUAAAGGGGCUAAAGAGUGUCCAAAUGUUUUAGACAUAUUUUUCAAUCUUUUAAUGUUUUAGUUCAUCAUUAUUUGACCCAUUAAAAAACGUUCUGUAUUCAAAGUAUGUUUGCGUACCAACUUUUAAAUAUCUGACCUCAAGAUGAAAGAGGAGUUGUUUACUUUGGACGGCAUUCCUUUGGGUGCAUUGUCCUUGCCCAAGUGACCGUGACUUUCCCAUCAUCAUUUCCCAUCUUAAAAAUUCAAAUGCCAUGGAUGGAAUACUGGAAUUAAAGAAUCUGUCUUCUCCACUGAUUGCUGCCAAGUUGGUUCUACUAAUUAACAUGCCUUCUGAUGGGCACGGUCCAAAUACCUGAUGCUUACUGAUAAUUUCCCGCUUGCAGUUUACCAUGGGAAAAAAUGUCUCUUCAAUCCAUUAGGGUCAUUUGUGGAAAUUCCCCUGGCAGUGGACAAUGUAUAACAGUUGUUUAAAAUAAAUGUUAGGUAACACUUUAGUAUAGGGAUCCAUUCUCAGUAUCAGUUGCUUAUUAGCAUGCCUAUUAUGGUAACACUUGACAAUAAGGUGUCAUUUGUUAACAUUAGUUAAUGUAUUAACUAACAUGAACAAACAAUGAUCAAUACAUUUAUUACACUAUUUAUUCAUCUUUGUUAACGUUAGUUAAUCAAAAUACAGUCGUUCAUUGUUAGUUCAUAGUGCAUUAACUAAUGUUAACAAACACAACUUGAGAUUUUAAUAAUGCCUUAGUAAAUGCUGAAAUGAACAUGAACUAAGAUUAAUAAAUGCUGUGGAAGUAUUGUUCAUUAGUUCAUGUUAACUAAUGUUGUUAACUAAUGAACCUUAUUGUAAAGUGUUACCCCUAUUAUUAACAAAGGCUAUUGGAUGUUUAUUAGCACUUAUAAAGCACAUAUUCUGCAUGACCAUAUUCUGCAUCCCUAAUCCAAUACCUAAAUUUAACAACUAUCAUACUAGCCAUUAUUAAGCAGCAAGUUAGGAGUUUAUUGACGCAAAAGUUGCAGUUAAUGGUGAGAAUUGGUGGAGAAUGUGACAAAAUGUUCUUUUGUUUCUUUCUUCAUUAAAGAAUCCUGAAAAAAAUCACAAUUUCCGCAAAAAAAUAUUAAGUAGCACAUCCAUCAAACAAAAAAAUUACUGAGGACCAAAUCAACAUAUUAGAAUAAUUUUUGAAGGAUCAUGUGACACUGAAGACUGAAAAUUUGCCUUUACAUGAAUAAAUUAUAUGUUUAAAUAUAUUAAAAAAAGAAAACAUAAUUUUACAUUUUAAUAAUAUUUCACAAUAUUGCUGUGUUUUCUUCAAAUAAAUGCAGCUUGGUGAGUAUAUCUCUUCUUUCAAUCAAUCAGUCAAUAAUUAUAGUGUAUAGAGAUGUUAACAGUUUGGUAAAGCUCACACCUUGGCAUUGAUUACAUGAGAAUUUUAAAUGUUUAAUGGCAUCUCAUGCAGAAAUGCUGAUGCAGCAUGUUAUAGCUGGGAUGGCAUUUGCUCACUCUUAUCAAAAGAACAAGCUGCUUGUGUAAUGACUUCCUCUCUCUAUUAUGUGUGUGUGUGUGUGUGUGUGUGUGUGUGUGUGGGACUGAACUUGUCGAGUGCGGAUUUGCUGGUCAAGCACAUGCCUCCCUCUGCCUGGCUCCUUAUAGUGCCGGGCGGGAGGCAGGAAUUCUGACCGAGUGGUACGGACAUCGCCGCUGGAGACCACAAACACGAAGCUCUCCCUUUAAACAAGGUCUCAUGAUCGACAACCCUUUCAAUCAGUUGUCCUGGCGUGGAGGAUCAGGGCGAACGCACGUCCUCCUGGAGUGACAGUGAGCUGAACAUCAGGAGCAGCCGACACUCACCCAAUCCAGAGGACGAGCCGGCAGAAGAAAGUAUGACUUACAGGUUUGGAAUGACAUGAGGAUUUUGACCUGUUGAUCAUGCAUCAGCUGUCUGUGACUUCCCUGUUGCUCUGUCUGUGGCUGCUGGAGUGCUGCCAUGGCAACAGCCUCAAUGAUCUGCACACACAGUUUGGCAUCAGCCUCUACCAAACACUCACAGAGACAGAGAACAACUCCAACUUGAUCGUGUCCCCAGCCAGCGUCUCGUUGUGUCUGGGUCUUCUGCAGCUCGGUGCCAGGGGAAACACUCUAGCACAACUUGAGGAAACUCUGGGAUAUGACGUGAAUGAUGCUCGAGUGCAGGACAUUCUGUCUCGGCCACAAGGAGACCUGGGUAAUUCCAGUGACGGGGUGCGGCUUCAGCUUGCCAAUGCUUUAUUUGUCCAGAGUGGUGUGAAACUCCUGCCAGAAUUUACCCAGAAUGCAUUGGGAUGGGGUAACAGUAGCCUACUGAGUGUAAACUUCAGUAAUCCAAACCACACUCAUAGUCGGCUACAGCAAUGGACACGUUUCCAGAGUAAAGCUGACCAUCUCCAGACAAAAGAGGAGCAGCUUCAGUCCAAUGAGUCCCAGGAAGAGGCCUCCAGGCAAGACAGUUUACUGCACAUGGCUCUUCUGAGCACGGUGGUGUUUCACGGUGCCUGGCAGAAACAAUUUCUCUUCACUGACACCCAGAACCUGCCCUUCAGCCUCUCAGACGGCAGCACAGUCAAAGUCCCGAUGAUGUACCAGUCAACCGAAGUCAAUAUUGGGCACUUCCGCCUGCCGUCCGAGCAGGAGUACACUGUGCUGGAGCUUCCGUACUUGGAUCGCUCACUCAGGCUACUGGUGGCCUUACCUAGUGACCGGAAAACCCCUCUGUCCCAGCUGGAAAAGCAGCUCACGGCCCAUGCUGUGGGACUGUGGGAUACUGGAUUAAGACGCACUAAGAUGGAUAUAUUUCUGCCUAGGUUUAAGAUGCAGAGAAGGUUCAAUCUGAAGCCUGUUUUACAGUCUCUCGGUAUCUCUGAUGUCUUCAGUCCCUCAGCUGCUGAUUUUAGAGGCAUCUCAGAUGGAGAAGGGCUUUUUGUAUCAGAGGCUUUCCAUGAGGCAAGAAUAGAAGUGACAGAGGAAGGGACAAAAGCAGCUUCAGCUACAGCAAUGGUGCUAUUGAAAAGAUCCCGAUCAGCGGUUUUCAAAGCAGAUCGACCAUUUCUCUUUAUCUUACGGCAGAUCAGUACAGGGUCAUUGCUGUUUAUAGGUCGAGUUCUGAAUCCUGCCGAGAUGUCUUGAGAUGAUACAUGCAAACACAACUUCUUCAAAUGACAAGCACACAUAGGAGACUUGUGUUAAUAUACAUUUGUAUGAUUUUGCCAACUCAACACACCCCUCCUCCCUCACGGGUAGGGGGUCAGAGGGAUAUCUGAGGACCGUCAAGAGGGUCCACUGACACUUCAGGAAGAGGGACGAGACUUUUGUAUAUAUCUGUAAAUAAAAUUUUAUUACAUCAGGGUUUUUGCACUUCAAAGUGUCUGCUGUCAUUUUUUUUCCCAGUCUGCCCUCAAUAAAUUUCCUCAAUUCUGAUGGAAAUGUUUGGUUACCAUCAGUUACUGAUUUCAUGGAUCUCAGAAAUAAGAAUUCUUUUAAU